AAACCCAUUACCUUCCUCCAUUCUCCGUCCAAAUUCCAACCAAACGCCAUUUCUCUUUCAAAUCACAAUGGCAACCAACCAACCCACAUCAUUGGGAUCCGACCCGAACCCGAAACAGAACCCGAAUCUCGCACCCUCACCGUACCUACAAGAUAUGAACGAACUUGAGAGAGUCUUCAACCGCUUCGACGCCAACGGCGACGGCAAGAUCUCCGUCGACGAGCUCGACAGCGUUCUCCAAACUCUCGGAUCCGGCGUGUCGUCGGAGGAGCUCCGCCGCGUCAUGGACGACAUCGACACCGACCACGACGGCUUCAUCAGCCUCCAGGAGUUCGCCGCCUUCUGCCACUCCGAAACGCCGGACGGCGGCGCCACCGAGCUCCGCGACGCCUUCAAUCUGUACGAUCGCGACAGGAACGGCCUCAUCUCCGAGGCGGAGCUCCACCUGGCGCUGAACCGCCUCGGCCUGAAGUGCUCCGUCGAGGAAUGCCGCGAAAUGAUCAAGUCGGUGGAUUCCGACGGCGACGGCAACGUCAACUUCGACGAGUUCAAGCAGAUGAUGACGAGCAAGAACCGUAGGGUCAAUGGCUCAGUACAAAUUCUCUGAGUCUUCGGCGCUUUCUGCUUCCAUAGUACGAUUUUCUCUAUGUUUUUUCUUUCACUUUAUAUAAAUAAUCUUUGUGGUGAAUUGCUCAACUGAAACUUUAGACAUAGAUCGAAAUCAAACCAAGACGAUCAUGGAAAAUUUUCAUAUGCUUUGGUUUAUCUCAGAAUUUGUGUUGUGCAUUUGCAAACUUGUGUUCUUCGUGUUUU